GGAAGUGGCUCCUCGGAUGGUUCCGGUGACCCGAGGCGCAACAGCUGGCGCCGGAUCCGACUCCCCUCGUCACUGCCUGAGCUAUGGCGGGCACGGCGCUGAAGCGGCUGAUGGCGGAGUAUAAACAGUUGACCUUGAAUCCACCAGAAGGCAUAGUAGCUGGGCCUAUGAAUGAAGAAAAUUUCUUUGAAUGGGAAGCUUUGAUAAUGGGCCCAGAAGACACAUGCUUUGAGUAUGGCGUUUUCCCUGCUAUUCUGAGUUUUCCUCUCGAUUAUCCUUUAAGUCCUCCAAAGAUGAGGUUCACAUGUGAGAUGUUUCAUCCCAACAUUUAUCCAGAUGGGAGAGUUUGUAUUUCUAUUCUUCAUGCUCCUGGGGAUGAUCCCAUGGGCUAUGAGAGCAGCGCAGAACGAUGGAGCCCAGUACAGAGCGUGGAGAAGAUCCUCUUGUCAGUGGUCAGCAUGCUGGCAGAACCGAAUGAUGAGAGUGGAGCCAACGUGGAUGCUUCUAAAAUGUGGCGGGAAGACAGAGAGCAGUUUAACAAAAUAGCCAAGCAAAUAGUCCAGAAAUCACUUGGGCUUUAAAAAAAGGAAGGAACUGAGACAUUUGACAAUCAUAGUAUUUGAUCUUUUAUCAGGCAGACACAUGGCAGUACUCCGUGUUGAUAGGAAAAAGCAAAUCUUGCAAAAUUGUUGACUGGGUGUCUUAAUACCACACACAUCCUCUCUCCCCCCUCUCUUCCCUUUUUGUUUACUCUUUUGAGGGUGGGGGAUCUUCCUCGAUCUAAGACAUGUAAGUAGCUGCAAUACAAGUGGAUUUAGUCAUAGGAGAAAGGUUGCAUAGUGCUGUGGUUUCUUUGCACUAGUGAAAGCAUGGGAGCAUUGCAUAGCGUCUGUGUCUCUUCAGUUAUAUUUAUAUUUUCCUAACCCUUUUCAGUGCAGUACUGUGCACUUUUUGGUAAUGGGGUUGAGAAGAUCUAUGAAUUAAUAACUGCCCAGAACCAUGGAAAGCUGCUGAAACACCAUUGGACUCCCUUGUCUGGAAAUGGAGAAAUGCCGUUCUAAGGAUGUCUUACUUCAUAACUGGAUGUAACUUUUGAAGGCCUCAGAUUCUCUCCUCCUUAAGACCACAAAGCAACCACACCUGAAGUCAAAUGAGAACAUAGUUAAGCUGCUGGGCAAGAGUAUUUUGAGAGCAAGUGAAUUACUGUAUCUAAUUGAGGGUGGCCAAUGUAAUCAGUGUCUUGCUUCCAGGUACAGCAGUUAACCUUCCCAAAUGUAAGCCUUCAUGUUGCUACUUUUGAAAGCCUUCAAGCACUAUUGAGUUCCUCUUGAGACAUUAUUUGAACUUGGUACAACUCCAAAAAGUUUGAUAAAUAAUCCUCAUUUCUAAAAUGUAUUGGUUUCCUUUAACAGCUAUCUCUACUCAUAAGAUAUGCUGGAAAUACCUUGUAUUGCAGCAGAGCAGUCUUUCCAAAGUUAAUCUUCCAUCCUCAGCUGACAGCACUUAAACCUAAUGCAAAGAGGCUGUCUUGAAUCUAAUGUCACCCAAACUGUAUUCCGAAUAGAAAUCUGGAGAACAAAAUCAAGUGUGAAUAUUAUUUGGAUUAGAAGGACUUGAUGGUAUUCAACUUCAGUUACUCUUUUAUUUUCCUGAGUGCUGUGGGAGGGAAUCUUUAUCUUGGAAACACUAGACUAAGUAGUACUAGACAUCCCCUAGUUUCUUAGUCUAGUACCAGGAAAAUAAAAGUUAUUGCUUUACUUUCUUACUGGCUGGGAACAACUGAGCAGUAAACUGGUUCUUGAUGUGUAUUUCAAAGCCAGGUUAUAUAGCAGUUGACAACCAUUUCUUACUACAUCUGUACUACUUUAGAAUGCCAAAUUUAAAGUUACAUGGCAAGAAAUACUAUUAAUAUCUCUUGCUUAAGCUUGCAUUUUAAUUACUUUUAUACUGUUUACAAUUUAAUCAAUUUCUGAUUGAGAGGGAUUAUCAUUCUCUGAAAUUUCAUUCAAUUUCACUUUUUUUUUUUACAGUGGCAUACUUUCCAGGAAAAGUAGCUCUCAUAAUUUGAUCAGUCCACAGCAGAAGCUGAAUCUAGGCAUUUUUUUAGCAGCAUAAAGCCCUGACCUUAUGAGAGUGAUUUUCUGUGGGAGUUGUGCCUGAAUUAGAAGACCUUUCUACUUUAAAAGGUUUUGAGAAAGAGAAGUUACUUUGGGCAUGGAUUAGGGGAGGGUGAAAGUAGUAGUAUUUUUCCGAAACAACAUCUACAAGUGGUGGUUUUCAUGGCAAACGGGAGGUUUUUAUUUAUUCUACAAGUUGUAAUUUAGCUUGACGAGUCCAACAAGACAGCAGCGUGGAAAGAAGGUGCUCUUUGUUUAAUGGUGAUUAAGACAUAUGGGAAAGCUGUCCUGCUCUUACACAGUAUUCAAGUGUAUUUAAACACAUUGUUUUAUAUUGGACACGAAUAUUGUCAAUGAAAAUAAAUGCAUAUUUUCCUUAAAGUACAAAA